AUGUCGGACACCAGCAGACAUGUAGACCUUGAGUCUCAGCAGAAAGUGAUGCCGUCAAGCGGAGCCAGGUGGCGCAGGUUUCUUUUGAUCAUCAAAGCGCAUAGAGUUUUCGUCUCAAUCCUCACCGACCCGCCGCCUUUAAUCUCCUUGUUGGGGCCGUCAGCAGGAGGAGGACGAGGAGGAGUACAUGGUCUGCCCCCGCCUUACAUUUCUGCUCUCUCUUCUGCUGGUAUUAAUGGUGAUGUUCCUGACGAAUCUUCUUCAGCCGUACGUGAUAAUCAAGCAUCAAUAGAGGUCGUCCAUUUGGAUGUGGAGGUAGAAGACGAUGAUGACUAUUGUAGCAGAGCGAGGGACAAUGCAAACCUGCAACGUGCAAAUAUUGUGAAGAUAGUAAAGGAAAAGGACAUCGAUUCUUUGCAGAGUUUUGGAGGUGUUGGAGGAAUUGCCGAAGCUCUUUGUACCGAUCUAGAGCUUGGUAUUCAUAUUCCUGGCGAUAAUGAAGAAAGUACUAGUACCAGUCCUGAACUUCCAUAUGCAAGGGAAAGUGCAGAAGCAGCACAACUUUCCACAACACAGGCAACACGAGGCCUGUUUAGACUUCUUAAGAAAUAUUGCAGCAACUGCAACAUCCUACUUCUCUCUUUGUGUGCCGCGCUGUCAAUUGGAUUCGGGAUCAAGGAGGAGGGCUGGAAGACAGGUUGGUAUGAAGGCGCCAUCAUAACGGUGGCGAUUUUCAUACUGAUACUUGCUCCUUCCAUCCGCGAUUUCAUACGCCAACGACGAUCACAGAGGCUUUCGGAGACGCACAAACCCAUCGAUGAAACAGGAUUUGUGAUCAGAGGUGGAUGCCGAAAAGAAUUAUCAAUCUCUAAUAUUGUGGUAGGCGAUGUCGUAUGCCUGACUAGCGGAUCGCCAAUCCCCGGUGAUGGACUAUUCAUUGUUUCAGACAAUGAAGUCCUAGUUAUUGAGGAUGGUUUGGAGUCGACAGUUGAUGAGAAAAGUCCAUUUUUGUUUUAUGGUGCAAAGGUGGUCAACGGCAGCGGACGAAUGCUGAUAACGUCUGUGGGAAUGGAAACAGUAUUGGGGGAGAUGAUGAGCAAAGUUUCCAAUACUCAUAGCAAGAACCCAUUACCAGCUCAACUUGAAAAGGUUGGCACAACAACACAGAUAGCUGGGCUCUCAAUCUCUGUUCUAAUCCUUGUAGUCUUGUUCCUCCAUUUUAUGCUUGAAAGCAAACAUACUAAUGAUAAGAAACACUCAGCUGGUCUCCCAGAGCUGAAGAAUACAGCAGCAACCAAAGGAAUUAUUGACAUCAUCAAGAAAAUUGUCACAGAACCAUGCGGAAAGAUCAGUCCCUUCACAGCUUCGCUUGCCAUUUUGCUGAUUGGGGUCCAAGAACAAAUUCCUUUUGUCAUCAUAUUAGCCAUGGCUUACCGGAGAAAGAGAAUGUUUUCUCGCAAGGAGGCUUAUGUUCAAGAACUGUUGGCUUCUGUCACAAUAGGCUCCGCCAAAUUCAUUUGCGUUGAAAAGUUAUACCAGCCGCAGGUUUCCAUAUGCUAUGUCGGUGAGGAAAAAAUUCAGAAACACUGCUGGUUUUCUGGAUCAGUAGCUAGUUGUGUUCGUGAAGCUCUAUGCCAAUGCAUCAGCACCCCAAUUUUGAUGCCAUCAAUUCCUGGUAGAUCAAUAGAAGAUCCGCUGCUUCCAUGGGCCGCCUUAGAAUUGGGGACCGAUAUGGAGAUUUCAAGGCAAAAUUCCACCAUUCUAAAGAUAAAAGCACUGAACUCCCACGAGGAAGGAAGUGGAGUAUUGAUGGGGAAGUGCAGAGAACAUGGAAGAUAUGAUCAUCGCGUAUACUGGAAAGGCCCUGCAACCACAAUAUUAGCCAUGUGUUCCCAUUACUAUGACAGCUCCGGUGAAUUAAAGGAAAUGGAUGUAAACAAGAGAGGGACUUUUAAGCAUAUUGUUCAAGAAAUGCAGUCAGAGGAGUUUGACCAUCUCAAAAUUCUUGCAUUUGCUUACAAGGAUGUUGAUGUUUCAAAUCUAGAUGAAAAUGACUUGACCUUAGUAGGAAUAGUUGGCCUGAAAAACACAUGCUGCACAAAGACAAUAGAUGCAAUUAGUGCUUGUCAAAAAGCUGGAGUAAAAAUCAUACUUGCUUCAGAAGAUGAUGUUUCAGUUCUGGAAAACAUGGCUCACAAGUGUGGAUUAAUAAUGCUUCCCAACUCAGACAAACUGGUGCUUGAAGGUAAAGAUAUUCGAAAUCUUACUGAAAAAGAGAGUAUGGAUCUAGUGGAUAAAAUCAGUGUAAUGGGAAACUCUCAUCCGUCUGAUAGGCUCCUCCUUGUUCAGUGUUUGAAUAAGAAAGGCAAUGUGGUAGCAGUGGUUGGAAACAGAACAACUGCAAGUGCUAUGCUAAAAGAAGCUGAUGUUGGGGUGGCAAUGGGGAUUUCGAGUAGUGAAAUGGCAAGAGAGAGUUCCGACAUCAUUGUUCGAAAUGGAAAUUUCAGUUUAUUACCGCGCCUUAUUAGUCACGGAAGAUGUACUUACAACAACAUUCUUAAGUACAUCCAACUUGAGCUCACAAUGAUCAUAUCGGGGACAAUGAUUUCCUUCAUCACCACUGUGUCUUUGGUAGAUGUUCCAAUUACGGCGAUGCAAUUGAUCUUGGCAAACUUCAUUGUGAACCUUCUAGGUGGAUUUGCUCUACUGUCAGAACCACCCACAGAUGAACUGAUGAACAAUCCUCCAAUAAGCCCAACUGAACCUUUCAUCCCAAAAUCCAUGUGGAGAAAUAUAGCAACUCAAACUCUAUACCAGACAUCCAUCUUGGUCACCUUUCAUUUCAAAGGGAAGAAUCUACUUGGCAUUGGCGAGCAGGUGAGCAAAUCCAUUGUCUUCAACAGUUUUGUGCUUUGCCAGGUAUUCAACCUGUUGAAUUCGAGGGAGCCAGAGAAGAAAAACGUGUUCAAAGGGCUUCACCGAAAUCCAUGCUUUUAUGUGGUUGUGCUGAUCAUCCUAACCCUACAGGUAUCCUUUAAUGAGAUUUCACAUAUUCUUGUGGAUUGUGCCAGAUUGAACAAGGCACAGUGGGUUUUGUGUCUUAUAAUGGGAUUUAUUUCAGUGCCAAUCGAUUCAGCUGUGAAAUUGACAACCAGCUUCAUCAAGAUUCAUGCAUUCCUUCCUCAGACUGGAUCUACAAGCUUUACAUCCUCUGUUCCUGCAUAUUCAGAAUCAUCAGUUUCUAGUAUUCUAGAGCUAUCACAGCAGGGGAACACUCCGAAUCAACCUUAG